AUGAACCACACGAACGAUAAAAGUGUAAGUAACACUGUUCAACAAAAAUCUCAACAAGAUAUUCCUAGCGAUUUAAUCGUUACAUCAACAAAUCAAACAAUUCUUAUUCCACAAUUUCAAAAGAAUGGCAUAACUUAUUUUGGUGAAGCAGCUAUUGAAAAACAACGAGAACAAGAAAUGGAUAGAUGUAUGUCAGCUCCAUUUGUUAGUAUGCAGCCAACCCUGAAUGGCAAUGAACCAAAUUAUCAUUUUCCACCAAUUGCCAGUAAUAUAUCUCAGAAUGUAUCCUUAAUGCCUAAAAAUUCUCCUCGUUUCUGCACUGAGAUAGACUACAAUCCUCGCAUAACUUCGCAGAUUACUUCUUCAUCCCACAAUAAUCAAGCGCUUUACCCAUCGUCGGCUGAGAUUCCACCUCCAUUAUCACUGUUUCCAAUGUUUGAGCCAUGCACUAUUAAUGAAACCAUCAGAAUGCCUUGCAAUAAUUCUUCUAAUAGUUACUUUUCCACAUCAGCCAUUCCACAUCAAUAUGAUGCGUCGUGCAUGCAAAAUCGAACGAAUCUUAUUUCUCUUACAUCUACUCCUCCAAAUGAUCCUCUCAUACGGAAAAAACAACCUAUAUUAUUAGCUCGUAAAAAUGCUCCCGAUGUUCAAAAUCUAGAGAACAAUUUUGUUUCGUGUAUGCCAUCAAAUGAUCCUUUUAAACCAGAGCAAGAACCUACUUCGCUGAUAGAUACAAAUUGCUCAUACACUUUGGAUGGUUCCGUUUUCCCUCCACCUCUUGAAUUUCCAUUGUCGGCCAAUGUGGUGAUUCCAGAUGAACCUGCAAUAAAUAAAUCAAGUGAUGAUAAAGGACAGAACCAAACAUCAGCCACUAUUUCUUCUAUGAACCAUGAAGAACAGUCGAUUGAAAAUGCUCAAGAAAAGUUAGUAAAUUCUAUGCGAAAACUAAAUGUUCAAAGGUGUAAUUCAUAUAAAAGAAUUCGUUUUAAUUCAGAAAAUCUGACAGUUAAAUAUGGCAAUAUGAAUCGCCAAAAUACCAGCAAAUGUGAAUGUGGAAAUGACAUGGUGCAAAGACAUUUUAAUAUCGUUGAAUGCGCAUAUUGUAGGCAUUUAAACAUGCCGCCUGAGAUUUACAAAUCACAUAGUAUGCGCAACUCUCAAAACGGAAAAACGAUUUGUCCAAAUUUGCGCCGAUUUACAUGUACCAUUUGUAAAAAAACUGGAGAUGAAGCACAUUCACCAUAUUUUUGCCCCGAGCGAAGUAUUAUUUUAUUGGCACAUAAAUUUAAGAAAUUAAAAUAUGUAUUGUAA